GAAAAAGGGAGUAGAUUGUUUUGAGUGAUUGGCAGCCCCACUGCUUUUAGUUGAGGAAUGACCAUGAAAGUGACCCAGAGAGAUAAAGAUUCGGAGAUUUCAUUGUGGGAAGAGAUGCGAAAUUCUGCAGGCACUCAUCUCCGAGUUUCCAGUUGGCAAAGUCGACCCUUGACCAGAUUCAUUGUCUGGUUCCUCCUCUUUAUCUCCGUCACCUACGUGGUCUAUUCCUUAAAGCUUCUUUCUCCCUCUGGGAUCUGCAAGGAUGACGACGUUUUCAUCAUCGGACGCAGCAGAGGCCUUCCUACCGAAUCUGAAAUCAACUCUACUACUACCGCGGCGGUAGCAUUAGCAUUGGGAGAAACCGGCCGGAUUCCAGAAGAAGUGGAGAAAACUGGUGUAGAGCAUGUGGUCUUCGGCAUUGCGGCGUCCGCAAAGCUGUGGGAGUCGAGGAAAAACUACAUAAAGUUGUGGUGGAAGCCGGACGGGAAAAUGAGAGGAGUGGUCUGGCUGGACAAGGCAGUGAAUAUGUCGGCAAGAGAAAACGGGUCUCUCCCGGAAUUGAGAAUUUCCGGCAAUACAUCCCAUUUCCCUUACAGCAACCCGCAGGGCCACCGGUCUGCCAUCCGAAUUUCAAGAAUUGUUUCUGAGACGUUCCGGCUCGGGAUGGAGAAAGUGCGGUGGUUCGUGAUGGGUGAUGACGAUACCAUUUUUGUUACAGAAAAUUUGGUGAGAGUUCUCAACAAAUAUGAUCACAACCAUUUCUACUACAUCGGGAGUUUGAGUGAGAGCCAUUUGCAGAAUAUUUACUUUUCAUACAGCAUGGCUUUCGGAGGUGGCGGUUUUGCUAUAAGUUACCCUUUAGCUGAGGCUCUUGAGAAAAUGCAAGAUAGAUGCAUUCAGAGAUACCCUGGCCUUUAUGGCUCUGAUGAUCGAAUGCAGGCUUGUAUGGCAGAGCUCGGCAUUCCCCUCACCCGUGAACUUGGUUUCCACCAGUUUGAUGUAUAUGGGGACUUGUUUGGGCUCCUAUCAGCACAUCCUGUGGCACCAUUGGUUUCUAUGCACCAUCUUGAUGUGGUGGAACCAAUAUUUCCAAACGUCACUCGAGUCGAAGCUCUCAAAAGGCUAAUGCUUCCAAUGAAACUGGAUUCGGCAGGUUUGAUCCAACAAUCCAUUUGCUACGACAAGGCGAAGAGCUGGACAGUUUCGGUCUCCUGGGGCUUUGCUGUCCAAAUCUUCCGCGGAGUGCUAUCCCCUAGGGAAGUAGAAAUGCCAUCCAGAACUUUCUUAAACUGGUACAGGAGGGCAGAUUACACAGCCUAUUCUUUCAACACAAGGCCUGUCAUGAGAAACCAUUGCCAGAAGUCUUUCGUUUUCUACUUGUCAAGUGCAGAAGUGGACUCUUUUUCUAAUGAAACAGUGAGCAAGUACAUUCGCCACCCACUCCCCCGUCCUCUGUGCAAGUGGAAGAUGGCCAAUCCUGAAGAUAUUGAGAUGGUUGAGGUUUAUAUGAAGCCCGACUCACAUUUAUGGGACAGGUCUCCAAGGAGGAAUUGCUGCAGGGUGUUGCACUCAGGUCAGAAAAGUAUGGUGGUGAAUGUUGGGGUAUGUAGGUAUGGUGAGGUCAGUGAGAUAUGAUUUUCUUUCUCUCGUCUCUUCCGGGUCUCUAUAUCUUCGUUUGUCAAGCCCGACUCUCCACGGAAUUGAAUUUUCUUGGGUAGUUGACAACCUAACCGCAUGCCAUCAGAGGGGUGGGUGAGAGAGUACGUCUUUUGGUAGAUACGCUUUUUGUGUAUAAUUUAUUGCGUAUACGGUGUUGAUUUA